GUUACAUUUUGGUUCAGACUCCUUCUUGCUUCUUGUUACUUUUGGUUAUCUUUCUUCUUCCCCGUGGCUUAAACAGAUACAAAGUAGUUCAAGAUGCGGUUUCUUCUAGAUCCCCACGUUCUCUCCCUCGGGGAACUUCAGCCGCCAAAACAGGUGCAUGUACGUUGAUUUGAGGAAGAGCUGCAGGGCGUGGCCGCUAACCACGAUCAACCAGUCCGUCAGCGUUUCAAUGCCAACAUGGGACAUUGUAGUCGGCUGGGGUAAACGCGAAGACACGGUGAUGAGCAGAAUGCAGACGGUUUACCCAAGGUAUCUAGUCUAUCACAAUAAACAUCAAAUAAUGCGGACGAUGUUGAUAGUGAUAGUUUCAUGUCCGUACAAAGGCGAUUGAAUAUCGCCAACAAUCACCCCGACUGCAUGUUAUUCCC